GGGCAGGGGUUCGGGGGUUUUCUCGACCUGUGUGAGAAGGUCUUCUUCUUAAUUCAAUGCCCGGGGGCUGUCUUACCCCUCGCAGGUCGAGUUUUUAUUAUCAUGACGACGAAAUGCAAGAACAAGCAGCCAACAUCGAACUGCAGAAGUUUCAGAAUAGAGAAGGUCCAUUUAGCAAGAAGCUUGCAAGGACUUUUGAAAACUUUGAUUAUAAUCCAGGUAACAGUUGUUUGUAAAUAGAGAGGUUUUUUAUUUCAGCAUUGUAACAAGCAAUCUGUUAUACUACUAACUAAUAGAGAGGUAUUUUAUUUCAGCAUCAUGGUGGCGGCUUUAUGGAACUGAAACACCAGCUCUACAGAAGAUGGCUACCAAGAUCCUAUCUUUAACAGCAAGUUCUUCUGGUUGUGAAAGAAAUUGGAGUGGGUUUGAUGGGGUGCACACUAAGAAGAGAGAUAGGCUUACUACAGACCGCCUCAACAAGUUGGUCUACAUUCAGUUCAACAACAGGCUAAUUAAUAAGAGAGCAAAGAUCAAGUCCAAGAAAAUUACUGAUGUUCUCUUGUCUAGUGGUACAACUGAAGCUCAAGGUUUCCUCCAAGAGAAUGGAGAUGAUUGUGCAUUAGUCUCCUUUAGAGAUGACGAAGACGAGGAAGAAGUCAUGGAAGGUACAGGGAUACCUUGGUCUGUGCUUGGAGAUGCAGAGGGAGCAGAAGAACAACUAGAGCUGCGUAGAAGUGCAAGGCUGAGAGAGCUCAAUGAAGAAGAGUUUGAGUCCGAAGAAGAAGAGUUUGAUGAAGAUGAGGAUGAGGAUGAGGAUGAGAUGGAUGAAACCGGCGUGUGAACCAGCUUCAUGUAAUGUUUUAGCUUUUAUUAUGCAUCCAUGUAUCUUUAACUUGUGAACUUAGAACUCAUGUUGUGCGCUUGUGUUUUGUGUUGUGGCUUGUGAGAAC